AUGGGAGAGUGGACCAUAUUGGAGCGUCUCUUGGAGGCGGCAGUCCAGCAGCACUCAACUAUGAUCGGAAGGAUCCUGCUGACAGUGGUGGUGAUUUUCCGUAUUCUGAUCGUGGCAAUAGUUGGAGAGACAGUGUACAACGAUGAGCAGUCCAUGUUUGUGUGUAACACCUUGCAACCAGGCUGUAACCAGGCUUGUUACGACAAAGCGUUCCCCAUCUCUCACAUCAGGUACUGGGUGUUUCAGAUCAUUAUGGUCUGCUGUCCCAGCCUUUGCUUUAUCACCUACUCUGUACAUCAGUCCGCGAAGCAAAAGGAGCGACGCUACUCCACAGUCUACCUUUCUCUGGAUAAGGAACAGGAAUCCACGAAGAGAGAUGAGAGCAAGAAGAUCUCCAACACUAUUAUUAAUGGAGUGCUACAGAACACAGAGAACACCAACAAGGAGGCAGAGCCCGAAAGCCUCGAAGUCAAAGAUAUGCCCAAUUCAGUCCUGCGAACUUCUAAGUCCAAAAUCAGAAGGCAGGAAGGAAUAUCCAGGUUCUACAUCAUCCAGGUAGUUUUCAGAAAUGCACUGGAGAUAGGAUUCCUGGUGGGUCAAUAUUUCCUAUAUGGAUUCAGCGUCCCAGCAGUGUACGAGUGCGAUCGAUACCCUUGCAUAAAAGAUGUGGAGUGUUAUGUUUCCAGGCCAACGGAGAAGACAGUGUUUUUGGUCUUCAUGUUUGCAGUCAGUGGCAUUUGCGUGGUCCUCAACCUGGCAGAGCUCAACCAUCUAGGCUGGAGGAAAAUUAAGGCUGCCGUGAGAGGAGUCCGAGCUAGAAGGAAGUCCAUUUAUGAAAUUCGCAACAGAGACUUGCCAAGAAUGAGUAUGCCCAACUUUGGACGCACUCAAUCUAGUGACUCUGCAUAUGUGUAA